GCAAACUCUUAUAACGCACGUUGGAGUUCCGUUGGGCGGACUAGUUUUAGUCCGUAGUAAACAGCGAAACCUUACUUGUGUGAAACGUGGAAUGAAUCUCCAUCGAUGAAUGUUAGUGGGAAUCAAGUUUGUAACAAAAUAGAUUUUAAGAUAUAACAGUGUGUUGUGUAAAAUGAAACGGGAUCAAAGAGAAGAUGAGACUAUUGUGGUGGAUCUUGUGCCUCCACAGUAUCAGAUAAGCCCUCCACGUAGCCCGUCGCCGAAUAUAUCCAAGACUUCUGAAAAGGAUGCAACGGUAUCUCAACAGCAACCUCUAUCAUCGAUGGACCCGAAUAUUAGAAGAUAUAGGACAGCGUUUACUCGGGAACAACUAUCAAGGCUAGAGAAAGAAUUUCACAGAGAGAAUUACGUUAGCAGACCUAGAAGAUGCGAAUUGGCGGCAGAAUUACAUUUACCGGAAUCGACAAUCAAGGUGUGGUUCCAAAAUCGCCGUAUGAAGGAUAAGCGGCAAAGAAUGGCCAUGGCGUGGCCGUACGCGAUGUACACGGAUCCAACGUUAGCGGCAACCCUCUUGGCGGCAGCAACGGCAAGUUUGCCACCUCCGUACCACGCAGCUCCGAGUCUACCACCUACUCAUCUGGGCCACAGCUACCCAGCAGCGGCAGCUUAUUACGCCACAAGAUAUACGCCGUACACUGCAGCACCUACGGGCGCAUCCUCGCUUCAUCGGCCACAUCCUCGCAACGCGGCUGCGUAUCCGCAUCUCCUGCAGCCUCACCCUUCUCUACAACCCCUACAUCUAUCGAACUUGGGCGUUUCUACAGUGGGAAAUAACGCCUUUCAGGUGAGCAACCCACCCACUAGCGCGUCGACCACUUACAGGCCGACGUUGUUACCCGAGUCCUUGAGUCCAGUUCACUCGGACGCCUCCAGUGACUGCGACUGCGUCGGGGUUCAGCAUCACCAUCCUCAUCAUAACAACAACCAACAACAAAUACUCGAGAAAAGCUCUCCACCCAAUACCAACGAUAGCACCCAACAGCAGAUCAAACUACCCACAGGUAUCGGUACUAGUAUUCAACUACCUCCCAAGCCGCCAUUAUUUCAACCAUAUACAAUGUGAGCUAACAACAAUAGAAACAAUAAAAUAAAUUAGAUUCCGUUUAGGGAAUUAAUUGACUGAGAUUAACGGUGGCACAAUGUAUAUAAACACCGAUUGACGACAAAAUGGUACCUGGUGAGCACGGUACAUCGUGUGAAUGUCUGUAAAAUAAUCUUUGUACAUACGUAGAUAAGUGUAUAAGUGUUGA